AUGUAUACUUCUGUGAUCGAGGUGCUAGAGAUUAUUAAAGAAGAUGGCGUUCAUGAUCAGCAAUCGGUUGAAGCGGGUGUUCUGAUUGAUAUAAUGGAGUCUUUUGAUUUUAUUUUUACAAUGCAUUUGAUGAUUGAUAUAUUGGGCAUUAUGAAUGAGUUAUCACAAUCAUUGCAAAGGAAAGAUCAAGACAUUGAAAAUGCGAUGAAAUUGGUUCAAAUUUCUAAACAACGACUAAAACUACUAAGCGAGAAUGGAUGGAAUGUUUUACUAGAUGAAGUGUCACAUUUUUGUGCUGUUUUUUAUGUUUUUAUUCCAAACAUGAAUGAAACAUGCAAAACUCGUUGUCGAUCAGUGCGAAGAGGAGAAGAUAAAACAAAUCUACAUCAUUAUCAUGUUGAUCUAUUUUAUAUUGUUGUUGACAUUCAACUACAAGAGCUAAAUAAUCGCUUUUCUGAAUCAAGCACUGAGUUACUUCUUUAUGUGUCAUGCUUAAACCCAAGUGAUUCUUUUAAUGCUUAUGAUGAGAGGAAAUUGAUAUGUCUAGCAGAGUUAUAUCCGAGUGAUUUUUCUACAGUUGAGGUUGUUGCUCUUAAAAGUCAAUUAUCAACGUACAUUAUUAAUAUGCAGACCAGUGAAUAG